AUGUCACGGCCGCCACUUAGUAGCGUUUUUUGCUUCAUUGUUCUUGCUGUCCUCCAAUUCCUGGUGGCACGAAGCGGCGCAACAGACAUCACUGUCUAUAAAGACUCAGAAUGCCUGGUGUCUCAGGACAACAUCAACGGCCCCAACGGGUAUCCAGAUGGAACCUGCACACUGCUACGGGAUCGGGUGACCAGCAAUUUUUCGAGUUUCCAAGUCGUAGACUUGGAUGAAGGAUGCGGGGUGACCAUCUACGGUAGCAACUCCAACAGCCUGUCUUGCUCCUCCGAAGCCAUUCAGGUUGCCGAGCUCGCGACCUGCUACAACACAUCCUGGGUGUACUACAGCAUCGACCAGUGUAUCUCGCCAAAGGACAUCGCAUCCACCACGUCGUCGUCCUCUACCUCCACCGCCUCCUCCUCUUCCAGCGCGUCCGGCAACAGCAGCAGCUCUUCUACAGGAGCGAUUGCUGGCGGAGUCGUGGGCGGUGUCGCGGGCUUGGCCCUCAUCGCCGGCGCGUUGUUCUACUUUCUGCGGAAAAGGAGACAGGCUGGAGCGAGCGGUUCGCAUGACUCCGAGCAGUCACAUCCGCACGAAAUGGGAUCUGACCAUGCACGGUCGGAACUGCAGGCCGGUGGCAUGCACAAGUAUGAGCUGGCGGCAAAAGGUCCGUCAGAGAUGGAGGAACUACGAGCGCCGCCGGCGGAGAUGGAAGGGGAUCAUCGGUUUGCGCCACAGCCUGGUAUAGAGGGGAUGCGGUAG